AUGGCUUCAGACACUGACCAAGGCCCAUCAAAACGCCCACGCUCCGAGGCAAAGUCUGGACGCCGCGCACUCUCUUGCACAGAGUGUAAGCGGCGCAAGACAAAGUGCUCGGCGCUCGGCAAGACGCCCUGUGACUCGUGUAUCAAGCGCGGCCGCCCCGGCGACUGCUACUGGGAGGAUGCGCCUGAGCAGCCCGCAUACGCUCUCGCUUCCGAUCUUGACGCACUCCGCGCCGAGCUCCGCGACCUACGCGCGCUCGUCUACUCACAAUCGCACACGCACUCUCACUCGCACACGGGGCCGAGCACUCACCACCCUAGCCACACAAGCAAUGGCGGCUCGACCGUUCACUCGCCAUACACUGCGCCCAAAGGCCCGCAGCGUCGCAAAGAUGGAAUCGAGGUCACGGUUUCCACCCUCGAGGACACCAUCGUCGGCGUCGGUCCUGGAUCUCGACCGAAGAAGCGCAGUCAAGCGCCCGCUCCAUGGGAUACGGCCGCGCAGCGACAGGUGCUCAUAGAUACGGCGAUCAGCAUGCUCCCCCAUCGGACGACGUGCGCGGCUCUGCUGGACGAGUUCUUCACCGGACCAGUACAUCUGUGCUGGUACGUCAUGGACGAGCGGACUUUCCGGGAACGGCACGCGGCGUUCGAGGCAGGCGAGGUCGAUGCGUCGUGGCUUGCGCUGUAUCUCAUUGUGAGGGGGGCAGCGGUACUGGCCAUAUCGACCAAGAUCAGCCCAAACAUGGCAGCCCUCUUCCCAGGGUAUUCCGAGAGCGACAUGGAACUCAUUCCGCAGGCGUUGUACCAGUCGAGUUUGAAUGCCCUCGAAGCGGCAGAGUAUCUGGCCGUUCCGCAACUACGCCACAUUCAGUGCGCAAUCCUCUAUGUUGUCACUCUUUUCCACUUUGGAGACGAUGACGACGACGUCAAGCGCCAGAACAUUGUGCUGCGGCACUUGGAUGCGGCGGUGUCUACGCUGCUCUGGCUUGACCUCGACAUCAUGACCGACGACUGGAACACUGCGCCAUUGGACGAUCCGGCGCUUGCGGGCUUAUCGCCGCACGCCGCGCAUGAGUUGUGCAAGCAACUCGCGCACAUUGUUCAGUUUAUGGACACGACGAUCCCGCGUCGCCGUAGCAUUUGGCGCUUGAUGAACAUGACGACGCCGAUUCCUGCGAAUCGCAAAGUUCCAUCCGACGUCGACUACCCAGAGCUGCCAACUCACGUCGUCACACCCGCGGGUCUGCCACGGUCCGCCAACGCAUUCUGCGUCACUUUGCACAAGUAUCACAACGACUCGGCCGAGCUCACGCACGAGCAAACGAUGGAGUACGACCACGAGUUGCGGCACGCCCUAGCCCAAGUCCCGCCGCCGGCGUCCCUCGAAACCUCCUGGAUGCUGCACAUGGUAAUCACGAGCGUGAACAACCGCAUCCUGCGCGCCCACCGCCCUUUCCUCAUGCGCUCCGUCAACGACCCCUCGCUGGAAGUCUCGCGGCGCGCAUGCGUCGAGAGCGCGCGCCGCAUCGUCGAGGCGCAGCUGGUGUUCAACGCCAAGCCGCGCAUCCGCCCGCGCUUCGCCGUGCGUUGGGUCCUUGGCGCGGUCGUCGUGCUCGCCAUGGACUACGUCCUCGGCAACAUGGACAGCCGCACGAGCCUGCUGCAGGCGCGUGACGUGUUCUCGAGCGUCAUUGGGCCGAGGAGUAAGCACUGCGUCAAGGCGCUCGAUGCGCUCGUGUACGCUGCCGACGUCAAGACGGGGACGGUGCGCGCCGACACGGACCUGUGCUCGUUCUUUGAGCUGGUGAAGGAGAAAUUGGCGAAUACGGAUGCGCCGCAGGGCGCCAUGAACAUGCUCUUCCCCGGCCUCGACGAGUUUGAUUUUGAGGGCAUGCUGAGCGUGGAGAUGUAG